AAAUUAACCCAACUGUGCUGCUCCCGCGUCCGGAAGACAGCACUUGUUAGCGUUUAUUUUGCUUUGACAGUGAGCAGGGUCACCUUGUGCACGACAUCCCCUGCUCUUUGCUCUGACUUCCUAGCUAGCUUCCUGAAGGUCUUGCGCGCACCAGUUAAUAUGUGUAGGGGAAUUGUUAUAUUAGGACCCCGAAACAGUGUGUAACGAGGAUGUAGUCUUCAACAACUUUCAGAGAUCGUGCCUAUGUCUGCUGUCCACUGGUGAUUCCCGGAAAUAUGAAUGCCCUCACGCUGUUGCUUACUUUGUGCAUGCACUUGUCAGCUCUCGUGAAAGGAUAUACCAUCAACAUCACCAUCAACACAGUUGACCCAACACCACGGUUCAUUGAAAGCUACCCUCCUGCACUCCAACGUCGUCCAGUAUACUACUACUCGCAAAGCCGGCCGCCAACCAGGCAUAAGCGCCCAUAUUCACCCAAAUACUAUUACUACCAACGUCCCCCACCGGAGCCAAGACCACGGCCGCAACAAUCGUUGAGACCAGCGUAUGGACCUCCCUACCAGAUCGAGCCAGGCCCCGCGUUGCGGCCCAUACCAUCGGCAACUGCACCAUUUUCCGGUCUGGCAGAUAAUACGUACGAUGGUGCCAGUAACAGUGGCGGCCACAGCAUUGUGCAGCUUUUCCGGAGGCCACCGUCCAAGCCAGGAAGGGCAAGCAUCGGGUCCGACGCCUGUGUAGGCGGUGCCCGGUGCACGUUCUUCCUGCAGUGUUGGAUGGUAGGUGGGUCAUUGGGCUCCUCUUGCGGACCGCUGCUCACAUGCUGCAUCACGCCGUCUGACUCCAUCAUCAAGCCACGCUACUAUGGCCCUGUCAAGAAUGAUCCAUACUGUGGCCGUAGCGGCGGACGAAUCAGCCGCAUCGUGGGGGGAAACGAAGCAGAGUUCGGACAGUUCCCAUGGCAAGCAUUCAUCCAAGUAGCGGGAAGUCGUUGUGGGGGCACACUGGUCUCCAGACAACACGUUGUCACCGCUGGGCAUUGUGUGGCAAAGUACCAGUACACUCCUUCGAGCAUCCGUGUGACGCUGGGCGACUACGUGCUCAACUCAGACGUGGAGAGCAUCCCGAGCGAGACGUUCGGUGUGCGCCAAAUUCGCAUCCACCCAAACUUCCGAUUUACGCCUCAAGCUGAUCGUUAUGACGUCGCCGUGCUCGUCCUAGAUCGGCCGGUCGUCUACAAGCCUAACAUAAUGCCCAUCUGCCUACCUCCAAAGGACGCUGACUUCGUGAGCAGGAUAGCAGUUGCUGCUGGCUGGGGAGCCCUGGAGCCAGGCUCCAAAGUGCGCCCCAGAGUCCUGCAGCACGUUCACGUACCUGUGCUGCCAAACCAAGUGUGCGAAACGUGGCACCGCCGUCAAGGAAUUAAUAUCCGCAUACACGAUGAGAUGCUUUGUGCGGGAUAUGAGCGCGGAGGAAAAGACUCCUGUCAGGGCGACUCUGGCGGUCCUCUUAUGCUGAAUCACUACGGCGUAUACUACCUUAUUGGCAUCGUGUCAGCUGGCUACUCGUGUGCGAAGAACUAUCAGCCGGGCAUUUACCACAGGGUCAGCAGUUCGUCCGACUGGAUUUCAUCAAGUUUGCAUUAGCACGCAAAUGAGUUGCGAAGGAACAUUUAUAAUACUUGCGGGGACCGAAACGUGGCCAGUGUUUACGGUCUGAGUACUUUCAGUGCUUUCCGGUGCUCAGAUUCGCUGGAAGAAUUUCGACAGCAAGAACGGAGGCGCUGUCGGUGCCUCAAAGCAGAAUGUCCGAUACUACCAGUCAAACUGCGUCUACGUCUCUGGUGCAUCGCACUGACGCCCUAACACCGCACGGUCCAGAAGCAGCUCCGUGAGGCCUUUGGGUCGUGGAUGGCUAUGUGCAGACAGCCAGCUUGUCACUGGUUUCUUCUGUGCGUUGUGAAGGAUUAUGUUUACUUUUAACAACUGCAAAUUUUCUAAUACUACGUCUGUUUGCAGGUCAAGCAGUUUUCAAUCGCAAUAUCUGUUCUUAGGAUGCGAAAAACGUUUAAAAUGCGUGGUUUAUGUGGAACAUCUACGCUGAAUAAAAUUUAAGAAGCUGUG